CGCCUUUUUUCCCCCUGGGAGUAUGUUGUGGAAUCGGAACGCAAGAUGUGUGUACUAUAGACAAUAAGGUGCAAGGUUGGGUCGUACAGAAACGGCGUUUACGACGACCUUAUACUAUCCGUGCAUUUGUAUUGUGUUAUUAUCAUUCACAUUACGAAAAAACAACUUCAUCAUGGCCAGCGAUGCCAAUUUAUUUUAACUUGCAGCAUGGUUAUUGUGGGCUUUCUGCAACCUCAACUCUGUAAACAAGUUAUAUUUUAGGGGUGUGUGUGCUGGAAGCCUGGAACCAACCAAUGAGCGCUGAUAUCCUUCCCACAUGGUCACUUGUUUACUACAAGUACUGCAAACCGUUGAGGAGAGACAUACUUGAAAACGCGGACAGGAGAAGCUCACAAUGCUGUUCACCGAACCGAAGAACAUUGCAAGAAUAAGAGAACGACUAAUAAUAAUAUUAGUUCUGUUAUUGACAUCUCAAUCCGUCAAUUUUCGUCGUCACUGUUGCUCGCGAGUUAUCGUGUAGAAAGCCUUUACUUUAUGAUAAGAUAGCAAGUCGUUCAGUUCCGCCGUGGAAAUCUGCUCCGGGUUUUAUUUCCUCCUUUCUGCCAACAUCUCCGGGCGCAGAAACCAAGCAGCAUUUCAAGUUGCAGCCGGUCACAGCGAGUCUUGAAGGGGGUGUGUGCACGCAUUGACAGAGAAACAUUGUGGCUCCAUCUGCCGUGUGAUAAUUAGAAUCUUUAGCAGGGCGCUGUUUCAUCAACAGCACGAACCAACCGACCCAACAAACAAACAAGACCGACUUCCUGGCCAGAUAGACAGCUAUGCUGCCCAAGAUCCGCUUGGGGAAGCGCUCACCACAAGGGGCGCUAGUGAGCAGCACCUGUCCAUCGGAGGGAGGUGACCACCAGGAGCGAGGAGGAGGAGGAGGAGGCGUUAGCCCGGUCACUAUGACAACACGGCCGGUACCAGCCACAGCCUUGGGGAAGAUAAAGCUGCACCCCGGACAAAAGGUGUAUGUGCACUGUGGCAGUCGCGAGUGCCCCGGCGUGGUGGAGCAGCACAACCACAUGGACAACCAGGUGUCCGUGUUCCUGCCCGACCAGGCCCGGCACAUCCUGAGGAAGACGGAGGACGUGUGGACCUCGCCCUCUGCCCACCUCUUCCCGUCUCCGUCCCCCUCCACCUCCGCCUGCCCCGGCCCCGCCCAUCCCGGGGACGGAGCCCGCACAGCCUCCUUAUGCAUCGAUGUCCCCAGGAGUCUUUCCUCCAACCAUAGAACUGCAGAGGAGGUGGAUAUGGAUGAGAUGAUGGCAGCCAUGGUCCUUACAAGCCUGUCCUUCAGUCCUCUGCUUCACAGCCCCAAACAAACGGACACACCAGCAGCUCUCGGCAUGGAGUGUGCUGGCGGGGAACUCUCGGACAGUGGCAGCAGCGGCUACUGGAGCGUUGGCCAUAGCAACGGAAGCCCUGCCCCCUCCCCACCAAUCAUAGAGGCUGAUAGUGUCCUAGCCACACCCUCUGACGAGGGAUUGGACAUGGAGCUGGAGCAGGUUCUAUUUGAGGAGCCGGCACCGAGGAAACGCAAGAACUCCAUGAAGGUGGCCUACAGGUGUCUGUGGCCCACCUGUGGGAAGAUCCUCACGUCUGUGGUGGGCAUCAAGCGGCAUGUGCGCACGCUGCACCUCGGGUCUGGCGGGGAGCACGAGCGUUGCUCCCGCAGCGAGGAGGACUUCUACUACACAGAGAUCCACCAGAAGGAGCCACCAGGCCACCCCCCGACGCCGUCCCACCUCAGCCUCAGCCUCAGCCCCGUGUCUCCAGUGCCCUGGCCGGCGCCCUCCUCCCCUCCCCCGGCCUCCCCCCAUCCUCACCCCCCUUCCCUGGCCUCCCCCCAUCCUUGCCCCCCUCCCCUGGGAGACGGGGCCCUGUCCGCCGGCGAGCCGGGGGACGAGUGCCAACAGGCCAGUCUUCUGAGCAAGUCGGCCCCGUCCGGGUCUGGCAGAAGCCCCUGGCAAGUCCAGUCAGAACACUCCUAUCAGGCCCCUCCCCCUCCCCUCGAGGUGACUCCGGCGUCAUGCAGCUCAGCCUCCCAUUGUUGGACCAACGCCAGUAGCCUGCAGAGCAAACAGGGGGCAGUGAAACCGUUCAGAGUGCGCUCCGUCAGUGUGGGAGAGCAGUGGCAGCAGCAGCACAGCGCCCCCGCCAGGACCACUUCCACCAGUGCAUCCCCUCCCCGCUGCCACUGGCCCACCAGGCGGGUGCGCGGUGAGGCCAAAAAGUGCCGUAAAGUUUACGGCAUCGAGCAUAGGGACCAGUGGUGCACAGCCUGCCGCUGGAAGAAGGCCUGCCAGCGAUUUAUGGACUAAAUAAAACCGCCAUGUUGAGAAGAAAGACGAGGAGGCAGCCUCCUCCCUAAGACGUCGGCUCCUCCUUCCCUCCUUCCAGUACUCCUUUCCUGGUGACUUUGUUUCCUUUUCUAAUAUACAAGAGAAAUCAUGUCAUGUCAUUUUGUACUCCUCUUCAUGUCUGAUGUGUUAUUGUUUACUUUACAUCUGUACUUUAUCUAAAGAUGUUUGCGCCGGUGCUUUUGAUGUGUUAACCAGGGCAGCUAUUUGACCUUUCUUAAAUGUUUGAGUAUUAAACCAUCCCACACUGUCCGAAUGCCUCUCCUGUUGGAGAGAAUCAGCAAGGGUCUCCCUUAUGGAGAGCAACAUUCACACUAUUUCAAGCACAACCCGUUCCAAUCUGUAAUGGGCGCGUUUAAUUCCAAAGUGCAUCAUCCAAACGUUUUUUAAGUCUGUGUUGCUCUAAAGUACGACAUUAUUUUACCUGAUAAAGGCCCCAAAGUCUAUGUAUUUAGUAAGCAACAAUUCUCAUUUGUUGGUAUUAGGUUUGCUUAGUUCCAUUUUGUCCCUUUUGACAUGAAAGCAAUCAUGUAACUUCCAACCCCCUUCCUGUCCCAUUUGCUUUUUUUAUUCUUGCAAUUGCAAAGAAAUAUGUAUUGUCUUUAUGUAAAGCUGUUCCUUUACGAAAAAGUCGUCUACAUUUAAUUUUUCGGUAAAUAUAGCAUGUACCUUUUUCUUUAAGCCUCAUUUAUCUCUUGGGAGAGGGAUAUAGGAGCAUGGACUUCCCUAGAUAAGUUCAUGUGAGAAGCUAUAGCAUAAGCUCCUGUUAUGUUAGUCGUUCAUUUAACCUGCACUUUUAGUUGCUUGAAACCUUUCGUUUGCUCAUUCAUGUUAGGAUUCAAUAUCACUUUUUUGGAAUCUCUAGUGUUAAACAAUACUCUUAUUAGAUUCAACUUUUUUUAUUUGUAUUAAUGCUUGGCAACAACACAUUAACAAUAUGGGUGCCCAAACGUACAACUGUUCCUCAUGGACAGAUUUUUUUUUGUCUGCACUUAGUUAUGCCUUGUUGUAGGAGAACCAGUUGAAAACCAAGCCACGUUAUGAACAUCACUGUAGCGUGGCGUCUAAUGCAGUAUUCAUUCAGAGGAGCUGUUGCUGUCCAUACAGAUGUAGCACUUCAGUCAGACAACACAAGGAGUACUAAAGAGACAGACUAAAGCGGUGUUAUUUGACAUUAAAGCCUUUCUACAUGACUGUUAAAGGACAAUACCGGUCUGGUUGAUCAAACUCACAUCCAUGUACCUAUUCUGGUGACGAUCAUUUAGCGUGGGACUGUAGCACUUGUCAUUGAUUUACAUUUAGUGGCACACUAAAUGCUUUUAGGUAGAAUAGUUAAAGGACGUCAAUUUCAGGAAUUCAUUGGUCACAAUUACCUUGUAUUGCUAACCAAUGUUUUAGUGAAGACAGGAUGAUGGUUUGAUCACCCAGACUUGUAUUGACCCUUUAAAAUGGACCUUAAUUUAUGUAUUUUGGAAAAAAUGUUUGUCUUUUGAAAAGUUGACAAGAUUUCAAAAAGCAUUUCUGGAAAACCAAUGAGACCAGAGAAAUAAAUGUUUUUAUUUAUAUCGUUCUUUGUAUGGAUCAUAAGUAAGUAAAAGUGAUAAAUCUUAGAGGCACUUUUUUUAUAAACCAUGUGAAAUGUUUAUUAAAUACUUUGUAAAAAUGGA